CUAUGGGUAACUUGGUCAGGUCCAAUCAGUUCGUGCGGCAAAGUGGAACGAAAUGGGUCACCUGCAGCUGGAUUUCCAUGCCAUACCGAAACUCCAUGGUCGGGAGAACUAUUGGCAGUGGCGCAUCCUCCUGAAGACCUUUCUGGAGGCCAACGAUCUGUGGAAGCACAACGAACCCAAGGAGAGCCCAGAAACCAAAUUCCUGAUUUUGGCCAGCGUUACGGCCGAUAAGAUUGAGCCAUCCUACGAUGAACAAAGCUGUUCGUACAUUUUCCAAAACAUGGAGAGUCGAUUCGGGCCUUUUAGUUAGAGUUGAAAUUUAUUAAUAUAUAUAUGUUUUGAUCAUUGA